CUGAAUUUGAUUAUUAGUGUAAUAGAAUGAUAUCUGAAUAUAAUUGCUCUGAUAAUCCUUGCUUAACCAAACUCUAUGAGAUGAGGGACAAAUGGUGUCCAGCUUUUUCAAAAGAAUUCUUUUCUGCUUGUGUUUUAUCUUCACAACGAAGCGAGACCACAAAUCAUUCUUUGUCUAGAAAACUGAAUGCUACCUCUUCCCUAUGUGACUUUUAUCAUUUUUUAGUGAAGCUACCAGUCAUUGGAGAAGUAAUGAGGGCAAAGAUCAUCAGCGUUGUUUGGAUGGUUAUCCUGAAAUUGUCAUUCCUCAUGUCAGUUUGUUACAUAAAGCUUCCAAGCUUUAUACGAUUGAUGCUUAUAAGCUUUUUGAGAAUGAAUUUAUGCGAGGUAUGUCUCUGAAAUUUGAACUUAGAUACCAUCAAGGUUCUUUAAUGGGAUAUUUAGUAUGGAUGCCUCAAACGGAUCGGUUUUCACAUUGGGUUUAUUUGAUGCAACAACACAUUUUGUUAGUUGUUCUUGUCAAAAAUUCCCAAAGGCUAGCAUUUUGUGUUUUCAUAUUCUUCGUAUAUAUCAUAUUCACUGUGUAGAAGUUAUUCCGGAUUGUUAUAUUCUAAAACGGUGGACUCGUACAAUGAAGUCUCUUCCAAGUGAACAACCUUUUGUUUUAGACGAUUCUUCUAAUGUAUUACCUUCAGUUUGGAGAAUGCAAAUGCAAAAGAAAUUUCACAAGCUUUUGUGCUCUAGUGAUUCUAAUUCUACAGCAAGGCAAUUGUGUGAAGAAUCUUUUAAAAAGUUGAAACUGGAUGUUGAAGAUCAAGUUGGAAGCAUUUAUUUCUCUGAUAGUGAUUCUAGCUCAGUUGGUGUGAGUUCAAGAAUAUCUAAUCCAAAGACUGCAAGGAAAAAGGGUGAAAGAAAUGUGCAUCGCAAGAGUGUUAUUGAAGUGAAAACAAAUCAAGCUAGAGCAAGGAAAAAGUCACGUCAAGCUAAUACAUCAGCACCUGAG